AAACCAAAAUCCCACCAUUUCCCGUUUCUCAUAAGCAAAAUGAAGAUCAACUGGUCAUUUCUCAUGAUCCUGACAGUGGCAAUCACAGUUUCAAUGGUGGAAGUGAGAGGAGAAGAUCAGUCUGAUCAAUCGAAGUCGAAGACAAUUGUGAAGAUAGUAAAGGGUAAGAAAUUGUGCGACAAAGGAUGGGAGUGUAAAGGAUUCUCGGCUUAUUGUUGUAAUCAUACAAUAUCGGAUUAUUUUCAAACGUACCAGUUUGAGAAUCUGUUCUCUAAACGUAACACGCCUGUGGCUCACGCCGUUGGGUUUUGGGAUUACCGUUCUUUCAUCACUGCGGCUGCUCAAUACCAACCUCUUGGUUUCGGAACUACCGGAGGGAAAAUGCAGGGGAUGAAGGAAGUUGCAGCUUUUCUUGGACACGUUGGCAGCAAAACCUCUUGUGGGUAUGGAGUGGCAACAGGAGGACCUCUGGCUUGGGGUUUAUGCUACAACAAGGAAAUGAGUCCUAGUAAAGUAUACUGUGAUGACUACUAUAAAUUCACUUAUCCUUGCACUCCCGAUGUCUCGUAUCACGGCCGCGGCGCCUUGCCUAUUUACUGGAACUACAACUAUGGAGAAACCGGCGAGGCCUUGAAGGUGGACCUUCUGAACCACCCGGAGUACAUAGAAAACAACGCGACCUUGGCGUUUCAGGCAGCGAUAUGGCGAUGGAUGACGCCGGUGAAGAAGCACAUCCCCUCGGCGCACGACGUCUUCUUCGGUAACUGGAAGCCGAGCAAGAACGACACCUUGGCCAAGCGAGUUCCCGGCUUCGGAACCACCAUGAACGUUCUGUACGGCGACCAGGUCUGCGGACAAGGCGAAAAUGAAUCCAUGAACAACAUGAUCUCGCAUUAUCUUUACUAUCUGGAUUUGAUGGGAGUCGGGAGAGAGGAGGCCGGGCCUCAUGAAGCGCUUACUUGCGGUGAACAGGAAGCUUUCAGUCCUUCGUCAUCGUCUUCUUCUUCGUCUUGAGAUCAAUAAAUUUCUUUGAAUCCGUGGGUUAUGGAAAGUUGGAAAUGGGUUACGAGGAAGAAGUUAAUAAGGGGAAGGGAAAGAGUGUAAGGUUUUACGAAUUAUCGGUAAGCAAAUUUAUGUACAUAAACACGUAUAUAUGUGUGUGUGUGUGUAGAUCCAUUUGCAUGUAAAGGGUGGCAGAAUAUUAACGUGAUUUCUCAUCCGCCCAUUGCUAUUCUGAAAAUUUUUUUGAAACGACGUCGUUUG